UUGGCAGUCAGUGGGCGGGGUUCUAGGCGUCAUGGCGGCGCUGUGUGUGUGAAUUGACAUGUGAUGGCUGGAAGGUGCUGCUGGAUAUGAAGUUAUUAACCCUUAUCAAGAGGGGCCGACUGGUUAACCCAUUCCAUGCCGGGGCUGUGCUUGCCAGGAGCUGCUCAGACAGCAUCCCAGUGACCGGUCAUGGGAAUGUCAGUGAAGAGAAUCAAGGCGAAAUUAUACAGCCCAAAGCUGUGUCUGGGUUUAUUAAUGAGCGACUCAUACUCUAUGAAAAGCUGAGGGCGCGCUACGAGGAGAGGCUGACCCAAAGGGUGUUAAAGGAAAGUCGUCCCAUCAACAUCUUCUCCGAAGGCAGAGAACUUAGAGGGGAGUCUUGGAAAACCAACCCCCUUCAGGUGGUCUUACAGAUUCGGCCAGAUGUGGCUCACCAUGCAGUAUGUGCUAAAGUGAAUGGAGAUCUCUACGAUAUGAACCGGCCACUAGAAGGGGACGCAGCUGUUGACUUUGUGAUGUUUGACUCCCGUGAAGGCCAGUCUGUAUUUUGGCAUUCCAGUGCCCAUAUCUUGGGGCUGGCAUUGGAGCAGUUCUAUGGCGGACUGUUGUGCAGCGGACCCAGUACGGAGCAUGGGUUUUUCUAUGAUGUUCAUCUCUCGGGCAGCACGGUGUUGGGCAGCCAUCUACCGGAUCUGGAGGCGAUGUGCAGAAAUAUUAUUAAACAGAAACUUCCCUUCCAAAGAAUUGAAGUGACCCGGGAAGACCUUCUGGACCUCUUCAAGUACAACAAAUUUAAAACGCGGGUCAUUGAGGAAAAGGUGGAAACGUCUACAACCAUUUACAGAUGCGGCUCCUUGAUUGACCUGUGUCGGGGCCCCCACGUCCGGCACACGGGACAAGUCAAAGCAUUAAAACUCCUCAAGAACUCGUCAGCAUUUUGGAAAGGAGACCCUUCACAGGAAACGCUGCAGAGGGUUUCUGGAACUUCCUUCCCAGACAGUAAACAGUUGAAAGAAUGGGAAAAAAUCCAGGAAGAGGCUGGAAACCGGGACCAUCGGAAAAUUGGAUUGGACCAAAGUUUAUUUUUCUUCCAUGACCUCAGCCCUGGAAGCUGUUUCUUUCUGCCCAGAGGAGCUCAUAUCUACAACGUGCUAAUCGACUUCAUAAAGGGCGAGUACAGGAAGCGGGGCUUCACAGAAGUAAUCACCCCAAACAUGUACAACAACAAGCUGUGGGAGAAGUCUGGUCACUGGGAGCACUACGGCAAGAAUAUGUUCUCCUUCACCAUUGAGGACGAAAUGUUUUCCUUAAAACCAAUGAAUUGUCCUGGUCACUGUCUUAUGUUUGACCAUCGGCCCCGUUCAUGGAGGGAGCUUCCCUUGAGGCUGGCGGAUUUUGGGGUGCUGCACAGGAAUGAGUUAUCUGGCGCACUGUCAGGAUUGACGCGAGUCCGGCGUUUCCAGCAAGAUGACGCACACAUUUUCUGCUCGAUGGACCAGCUGGAAAGUGAAAUCAGUGGCUGUCUGGACUUUGUGCGUGCUGUGUACUCCGUUUUUGGCUUUACUUUUAAAUUCUACCUCUCAACCCGCCCAGAGCAGUUUUUAGGAGAUCUGGAGGUCUGGAAUAAAGCCGAAGGGGAACUCGAGAAAAGUCUGAAUAGUUUUGGUCUCCCGUGGGAGUUAAAUCCAGGCGAUGGAGCAUUUUAUGGGCCAAAGAUUGACAUUCAGAUACAGGAUGCGAUGGGUCGCUACCAUCAGUGUGCAACGAUCCAGCUCGACUUCCAGCUCCCGAUUCGGUUCAAUCUCCACUACACGGGAAAAGUUGAAGGCACAGUGGAAAGGCCAGUCAUGAUCCACCGAGCUGUUUUGGGGUCGGUUGAACGGAUGUUGGCGAUAUUGGUAGAAAACUAUGGGGGGAAGUGGCCUUUAUGGCUUUCACCAUUCCAGGUUAUGGUUAUACCUGUGGGAGCGAGUACGGAGAGUUACGCCCAUCAGGUGCAAAGGACAAUUCAUGAAUGUGGCUUCAUGGUGGAUGUGGAUGCCAACCAAGGGACCACUCUGAACAAAAAGAUCCGCAAGGCCCAGCUGGCUCAGUAUAACUUCAUUCUCGUGGUUGGGGAAAAGGAGAAGGAAAACAUGAGUGUAAACGUGCGCACAAGAGACAGCAAGCAGCAUGGAGAACACACCGUAGCAGCACUUACUGAGAGACUAGCCGAGCUGCGAGAUACCCGCGUCAGGAACGCUGAGGAGAUGUUUUGAUUUGUAAGAUCGGGAUUCGGAGAUCUGUAUCUCUAUGAAUUGUAUCUGUAGAAGCAGCCGGUCCGUUUAUUUAACAAGACUCGUCCCGUGGACGGUGUUCCCGGUCAGCAGCAUCAAUGGCCGGAAUUGUGUCUCAGUAGAUCCAGCCGCUAAUUACUUUCACAUCAGUCAGUUUGACUUGUUCUACAUCGUGUUACAAACAUGUUAGUUCUCACGUAUUUGUGCACAUCGCCACGUCGGGCCACGUUACCUCCACUUCACCUUGUUUUUGUGUGUGUUGGCUUUGUUUUUCUUUUCUGUUUGUUCAUAUUUUUUUUCAUUUGAGGUGGUUUCACGCUGUGGAAGUAUGGCAAAGAAUGGCGCCAUUGAACACAACGGAACUGGUUUAGUGGAAGCACAGAUAGCAGGGAAUAUAUUCUGUUAGAUUCUAAUAGUUCACUGCGAGUUAUCUAAUCCUGAAAUCCCAGCAAUACUUAAACUCUUUCCUUCUUCUGACUACUUGGUACUUCAUCUUCUCAUUCAGCCCGUCUCUGAAUUUGUACCCCAACCCAAUAACCCACACCCCACCCUUACAAAUAGAUACUGGUGGAAAUACUCUAGUGUUUCACAUAUAGAAAUGUUUUCUUUAAAAUAGAAACAUGGACUUGUAAAAUGUUGCCAAAACCUUAGACGUUUGAAGAUCUGGACUUUCAAAAAAAAAAAAUGUUUUUUCUUUGUCCAAUUUUUCUCCAGUUCCUGCUAUGCCUCCAAUUUCUGCUCAGAACAGUUUUAUACUCUCUCCCAAAAAAACAAUAAAAUAUCUUAAAAAUUAAA